AGUUGCUUCUGGUGCUCAUCUGCUGUUCCACGUAACCUGACUCACCAUGAAUUGUCCCUGUGGCCUCCUCACCCUGAAGCAGGAACCAGUACCACUGAAGAGCAUCGCUGUGAGCGUGUCCAUCCUGGAGUUUGUGGCCGAUGUGGCCGCCACGCUGAACUAUGAGAAUGAGGAGACAGUUCCGGUGGAGGCCUUCUUCGUGUUCCCCAUGGACGAGAAAUCCGCCGUCUAUUCCUUUGAGGCCCUGGUGGAUGGAAGGACAAUCGUGGCAGAGCUGCGCGACAAGGAGAAGGCCCACAGCGAGUAUGAGGACGCCCUGAGCCAGGGUCACCAGGCCUUCCUCCUGGAAGAGGAUGCGCUCUCGGGGGAUAUUUUCUGCUGCAGCGUGGGCAACCUGCCCCCGGGCUCACGCGCAGCCCUCACGCUCAAGUACGUGCGGGAGCUGGCCUUGGAGGCCGAUGGGGCCCUGCGCUACGUGCUCCCGGCUGUCCUGAACCCACGCUACCAGCUGUCAGGCUCGCCGGACAACAGCCUUCUCAGCAUGCAGUGCCCCAAAGCCCCCGAGGGGUCUCCGCCCUACACGCUCAGCCUGGCUGCCUCCAUCCGCUCCCAGCACACCAUCGACAGGAUCCAGUCUAACUGCUCUUUAAGUGCCACCAAGUACCUUGGGAAUGACAGGACUUCUGCUGAGGUUUCCCUGGCUGAUGGUCACAAGUUUGACCGAGAUGUGGAACUACUGGUUUACUACAGGGAGGUGCAUACCCCCAGUGUGACUGUGGAGAUGGGAGAUCCCACCGCCAAACCUGAUUCUCUGAUGGGAGCUCCAUCUGCAAUGGUGAGUUUCUACCCAGAUAUCCCAGAGACUCAGACCUCAAAAGCCUGUGGAGAAUUUGUCUUCCUCAUGGACCGUUCAGGGAGCAUGGAUUGCCGUAUGAAUAAGGAUUCACCUCAGACACGCAUUGAGGCAGCCAAGGAAACACUGAUCUUGCUGCUAAAGAGUUUGCCCUUGGGGUGUUACUUCAAUAUCCAUGGAUUUGGAUCUUCCUAUGAGGCAUUCUUUCAGAACAGUGUAGAGUACACACAAGAGACCAUGAAAGAAGCCCUGAAGAGAGUGGAGCUUUUGAAAGCCGACCUGGGGGGCACGGAGAUCCUGAGCCCACUCGAGAUUAUUUACCGAGCCCCUUCUGUCCCAGGCCACCCUCUCCAGCUUUUUGUCUUCACAGAUGGAGAAGUUACUGACACAUCCAGGGUCAUUGAGGAAGUCAGAAAAAACAGCUCAAAGCACAGGUGUUUCUCAUUCGGCAUUGGUGAAGGCGCCUCCACCAGCCUCAUAAAAGGCAUCGCCCGGGCAUCUGGUGGCGCUGCAGAGUUCAUCACGGGCAAAGACAGAAUGCAGUCCAAGGCUCUGAGGUCCCUGAAAUGUGCUCUGCAGCCUGCUGUCGAGGGGGUCUCUCUGAGCUGGGAUCUGCCCUCCGGACUGUCUGCUCAGCUGCUUUCCCCACCAGAGACGUCUGUCUAUCAGGGCCAGCGGUUAAUCAUCUAUGCCCAAUUGUUGGGGACUAUGCCACCCGCGGAGGUGAUGGGCAAGGUUUGCUUCAAGUACACAUUCCAAGGCAAGAGUGUGGAGAAUAAGGUGACAUUUCCUCUACAAAGCCAGCUGGACCCCAACUUCACUGUCCACCGCCUGGCUGCCAAGGCCUUCAUCCAGGCCAAGGACACAGGCCGCUGGAGGAUGAACGAGGCAGACGUGAAAACCAUCAUCCAAGCCAGCCUGGAGUGUGGAGUCAUGAGCUCCCACACUGCUUUCAUCGCCAUCGACAAGGCCCUCAACCAGCCAGUUCAGGGAUCUCUGGCUCAAAGGAACAUCCCAACACCAAUGUUCUUUAGUUGCCCCACCCCACAAGCAGUAUGCUUUUUAGCUGGACUUGAACCAACGCUUUCUGAUCAAUUUGGUGAGAAUUUUUUGAUGAACUUUGCUGCUACGGGGAGGAAAAAUUCUAGCUUUUUAUACGAGGAUGAAGAAGCUCCAAUGAACUGGCUUGGUCGGCUUGGUCGUAGGUCUUCCCCAGAAGAUGACCUGUUGGAAGAACAAGAUGAAGAAGAGCCUGAGACUGAUCAGCUCCUGGAGUUGAUUAUGCUCCAGAAGGCCAAUGGCUCCUGGGAGCUAGAUGACCAACUGGCCGCUAUCCUCGGAGUGAGUCUGCCGGACAUGCAGACAGCACUGACUGUUAAGGACGUGGAGCCUUCCUGCUGGGCCACAAUCCUGGCAGUGACCUGGCUGAACACGAAUGGUCAGGGCCGGAAGUGUGAGUGGGAGCUUCUGGAAAGGAAGGCGGUGGCCUGGAUUCACAGCCACUCAGGCUCUGUCUUGCAAACACUUGUGGAAGCUGCCGCUGCUUUCCUGAAGUCAUCGGUGGAUGUGGCUGUCUUUGCCCUCUGAGCACACUGGGCAAGACCCCGUCCACUUCAGCGUGUCUUCAUGCCUGACAUCUACCUAGCCUGUCUCUUGUCAUCAAAGUGCUGCCCCAUACUGCCUCGCUCCUGGUUCCCUCCAGAGAAAAUCCUCCUGUCCCCAGCAGGAACCCUCUGCCAAAUGUUAGUGGGUGGAAGUUCUGGAACAGAUACAAGGAAGUCCAAUUAGAUAGCUAUUUGCAACAAAAUUGUGCAAGUGCUAGGAAGAGUAAUUAGCAAAGAAAAAGCCAUCAAAGGAAUCCAAAUUGCAAAGGAAAUAGAGAACUACUGCUAUUUACCAGGGAAUGACAGUAACCGACAGUAUUCUAGAAAACCCUAAAGACACCACAAAAUAUCACUUCAAGUGUCAAGGUAAAAAAAGUUACAUUUCUAUAGGCAAACAAUGUGAUAGAAGAAAGAAAAUAAUCAUCCUUUUUCAUCACACUAAAACAUGAAAUACCUGGCAAUAAAACCUAACAAAAAAGGUGAAAGACCUGUACAUUGAAAACUGUAUGAUGCCACUAAAAGAAAAUGAAGACCUAUAGAAAUAGAAGAUGAUCUAUAUUUGUGGGUCAGAAGAAUAAGCAUUAAAUUUAUUAUCUGAAACCUUCCAGAAUUGUAUGUCCUUCUCUCCAGGAAGGGAGCUUAACAUGACAUCCACCAAAACCAUGCCUCCAACCCCUGCAUAAGGCUAUUUCAUUUGGGGUGCCCCAGAGGGGGGAGUGAGACCCCUCCCCAUGCCAGGGACCCAGCUCCUGUAGCCAAAAACCUCCAGAACCCAACCACCACCAUACUCACGGCCACUCUCCACAAGCUCAAGAGUGAACCCUACCCAUACUCCAAGAUUACCGCACCACAUUGACAGAGUUAAAAGUAGGAGGCAACCAAUUUUAGAGUGAAUUGUUUUUUUACAGAUAAAUAUAUAUACACACAUAUAUAUAUUUGCAUACAUAUAUAUACAAACACACACGGCUCAACCUUUAACAUGUUAGUGAUCUCUUAUUAGAAGGACUUAAAGGCCCCCAGGUGAAAUACAACAAUCUUUGCACUCUUUUCUCCACUGAUACGUUUUUGUAGCAUUUUAGUGGU